CAUUGUCUCAAAAUCAUCGAAACAAAAGAAAAGUCGUCAUGGCGCAGAAGAUCACAACAUUGGUUCUGCUAAUCGAAAUAUUGUUUCUGGUGAGUUGUGUGAGUCAUUUCACCACGACGACGGCGGAUAACGACGUUGAUGUGAUUCACGUAGCCGGAAAAGUUAUGUGCCAAGACUGCUCUCUGAAUUACGGCGAAUGGAUCAACGGCUCUGAACCCAUCAAAGGGGCAGUGGUAUCAAUCACUUGUAUGGACGAGAGGAGAAGAGUGAGAUACUAUGGCAGCGACAAGACAGAUGAGAGAGGCCAGUUCGAUCUAAUCGUCAACAAUGUCCUCUACGGCGGCAAGGAACUCAAGCCUCAACUAUGUAAUGUCCGGCUAGUGUCUUCUCCGGACCAGUCAUGUGACAUUCCGACCAAUUUUGGGGAUGGUCUAACCGGAGUGAAGCUAGUUCGACCAUUCAUGGUUUUCAAGGAUCUGGUUAAGUAUGUGGUCGGACCAUUUUAUUAUACCACUCCCAUGUGUGAGACGCCCAAAUUUGAAAACAACUACUAAAAUUGGGAAGGU